UCCUCCCGGCAGUCGCCUGCGCCUUCGCCGUCGCCCUCGCAGUCGUCUUCGGUGCCUUCGAGGUUCCCGCUCGGGGCUCUCUCCGGCGGUACUGGCACUCCGCUAUGGGACGCCACGGCUGCCGGACGUGGCUGCGCACGCGCUCUCGCGUCGCCAGCUUGCCGCUGCCACUGCUGCUCGUCAUCAUCGGGGUCUGCCACUGUUCAGGCCAGCAACAGGUUGAUGGUUCGGGAACGAAUGCAGUGGAGCCAUCUACCAACGGUAGCACCAGCGGCAGGACACUCUUCGGCGUCUUUUCGAGGCCAAGCUCGUUGCAGAAUGCAGCACCUCCUACAUGUUCCUGCACGUGUGGCGAGCGGAAUGACGGAUCGCGCAUCGUCGGUGGGCAGGCGGCCGACGUGAGCGAGUUCCCUUGGAUGGCGCGGCUCACGUACUUCAACCGCUUCUACUGCGGGGGCACGCUCAUCAAUGACAGAUACGUGCUGACGGCGGCGCACUGUGUCAAGGGGUUUAUGUGGUUCAUGAUAAAGGUGACUUUCGGCGAGCAUGACCGCUGCAACUCGACAAUGCGGCCAGAGACUCGCUUCGUAUUGCGGGCGUUCACAGGAGACUUCAGCUUCAUGAACUUCGACCACGACAUCGCGCUGCUCAGACUCAACGACCGAGUUCCCAUCACGCAGGACAUUCGACCCAUCUGCCUGCCACCAAAUGAUGAGAAGCUAUAUGAAGGAACAAAAGCAGUAGCAACGGGAUGGGGAACCUUACAGGAAGACGGAAAAGCUUCUUGUAUCCUCCAGGAAGUAGAAGUUCCUGUCAUGACUAAUGAAGAAUGCCGCAAAAACACGAAGUACAGAGAAUCAAUGAUAACAGACAACAUGAUGUGUGCUGGGUACCCCGAUGGCAUGAAGGACUCCUGCCAGGGUGACAGUGGUGGACCUCUUGGCAGGGAACGUGAUGACAAAAGGUUUGAACUCAUUGGGGUAGUUUCCUGGGGCAAUGGCUGUGCACGUGCUGGUUAUCCUGGUGUUUACACAAGAGUAACACGUUAUCUUGAUUGGAUUCGUGUAAAUACAAGAGACGGUUGUUACUGUGACCAGUAAACUUGACAAAUGCAAACUUUUAAUUAUUACACAUUUACUGUGAUCAAAAACUGGAAACAUUCUCCAUGUAGAGUGAAACACUGAUACAUCAUCACACACUUCAGCCCAUCAUCCAAAUAGAAGAAUAUAUUUCUCAGGGAAAUAACAAUUAUGUGCCAACAGAAAACCACACUCCCUAAAUCAACACCAUUCAUUAAAUAUGACAAUAAUUGUAAAUCAGCAUAUGGAUGCAGAUAUUCACUGUUAUCAUAGUCAGUAUCUUUGCUGGAAAUAUGAUGCUGGGACAAUAUGCAGAAAAUUGCCAUACAGGAAUCCCUCUUGGUACAGGAGUACCAGUAUCCCAAGAUAUGACCACCUUCAAAAAAUGGUUCUAACAUUGGCAGUUAACACCUCUCUAAAACAGUUUUCAGGCUAAGAGAUUGGUCUUACAUGAAAAAUUAACUAAUACUGAUAAGCACAGUGUUUCAGCUGAACAGUGGCUAUUUUGAACUUAUUACAGGGAUGACCAACAUAUAUAGAGUUUUAAAUUAACAGGAAAACUAUUGAUCAGCUUGCCAACUGAGAGGUCGAAGAUGAAUUGUUCAGUGAUUUUAGAUUCCUUAUUUAUUUAUUUAUUUUCAUUUUACGUAUUUAUAUGAUGAUCAAUAGAGAGAAGAGCUUAAUGUGUUUCAUAUGGAACAAUGAUCAUGUUAUUAACUUUCAAUUUCUUACAAUUACUUUUGUAAUAAAUACAAUGGAAAACCCAUGUGGAAAAUAAAAACUGAUACAAAAAAUGCGCCAAUUCAUCAUAUAAAGCACUGGACAGUAGAUGGAUACAGAGAGUGUUGAUUCAGUAGAUCAUCUACUGGAGUUCUUAUCAGCACAUUCUUACAUCCCUGUUCAGUAGUCCAUGCCAGUUCUAUAGGAUGACUGGUUCUCCUUCCACAGAUUUUUUUUUUACAUUUCUUUGUUUACUUUAAUAACACUAAUGAUCUGAAACGAUGCCCCCUUAACUCACAAUUACAAAAAAUCUAUAGCGCAAUAUCUUAACUGUUACUGAAAAAGUACAACUUACUUUCAUGGUGCUGAAAAUUUGUAAUAUUCAUUGUAAAAUAUUUUUUUAUUAUUGGUACCAUCCUA